AGCAAGUGAAGGUGAAAGCAACUCGAGCCUCUCUACUAUCUUCACCUAAACCUGAUUGUGUUCCUCCAAAACUUGUCUUCAAUCUUACCAUAUCUUAUUACUUAUCUCUCAUAACUUAUUUGCAUCAUGAAGUUGACUAAUUUGGCGCCUGUGCUUCCACUCGUUGCAUCCAUCCUUCAUGUAUGUGCAAUUCCCAUAACAAAUGAGGAUUCUCCAACAGUGUCCCUCUUCGGACACUUUCAAAUAUCUGCUGGCAUAGCACCUGACACGAUUGAAAUCCAAGAAAAUAUGACCCAAAGCUCGAUUACCAAACGUACCAACCCGACUGAGAUGUACAAUGGUGCUAAUUACGCUGAUGAUGGUUGGGAGGUCGUCACCCGGUCACUGACCGAUUACGUUCUGGGCUCGGACCUGAAACUCAACUCAAUCAACAGGAAUGACCUUGCCUCAGCUGUAGCCACCAGUGUGAUCAAUGUAAUUGGCAACGGCAGCGCGCGUCAAAAAAUCUCCGAUGUCUGGAGCUGGUAUGGCCAAACCCAUGGCUCCUACGAUUUCACCGAUAUUCCAAGGGGCCUGAUAUAUGACAUGGCUCUGGGUGCCAUGCAGCAUGCUACCGACCUAUAUGCCGACAAUUAUGACAAGAAUAACUACGUCACGUGGGCUGUGUAUUCUACUACUGGCCAAAUGAUUUACCAAUUCGCCAUUUAUCCUCUGACUGCUAAAUGGCCUACCGGGGGAACUGCAUUUAAUCCAUAGUUUCUUUGCUCUCUUUGUUUGCGGAAAGAAGAUAUAUUGCUCGGGUCUUUCCCCCUAAAAGUCCAACAAUAUUUUUUACUACUACCAGGAACCUGUUAUUUUAGAUUAAUUCACCAUAGGUGAUUGGUCUGGUCAAUAGGUGCAGGUCGAUACCUUGGAGCUUGCACAUGGCUUUGCCAAUAUAUCUACACCGCCGCACACAAUUUGCUAGUUUUCUUCCUUCGUUCUUGUCUUGAUACUCUGGUGUAUUGCUACCUAGAUAGUUGAAUUCAUAUUGAUUUAUAGAAUCC